AUGGUUGCUACGGUUAAGAGAACAGUAAGAAUUAAGACACAACAGUCAAUCCUGCCAGAUAUACCCCCACCAGUAGACAAUUUUCCAAUGCGGCAAUGGAAUAUCCAAUUGUUUUUGUUAGACGAUAAGGGAAACGAAGUCCCGGCAACAAUUUUUGAUAAGGUGGUAUACCAUUUGCAUCCUACAUUUGCCAACCCAACGAGAACAUUUGUAGACCCUCCAUUUAAAAUCGAAGAACAAGGUUGGGGUGGGUUUGAGCUUUUAAUUAGUUGCCAUCUACUAGAAAAGGGAGGAGAGAGAAAGAUAACUCACGAUUUGCAUUUCAUGAAGGAUUCCUAUGUAGCAGAUCAUGUUAUCCAAGUGCCAAUAAACAAACCUUUGUUAAGAACAGAAGUAGAGAAAAGUGGUCCUGUCGAUGAGGUUGCAGUUGCGAGUGCUACAGCAAGUGAUAAUAAGCGGAAAGCAGCAACAACGAAUGGUGAGACAAAGGCUAAGAAGGUGAAAACUGCCGCAGGUUCAACUGUGAAAGGCUCAGUUGAUUUAGAAAAGCUGGCUUUUGGUCUAACAAAGCUCAGUGAAGACGAUUUAGUUGGUGUAGUACAAAUGGUUACUGAUAAUCGUACUCCAGAAAUGAAUAUCAUAAAUAAUGUUGAGGAAGGGGAAUUUGUUAUUGAUUUAUACAGCUUACCGGAAGGGUUGCUUAAAAGUUUGUGGGAGUACGUUAAGAAGAAUAUUGAGCAGUAG